AUGGCUUCUGGCAAUCUCACCAGGGUGACCGACUUCAUUCUCAUGGGUGUCUCAGACCGUCCAGAGCUCCAGAUUCCCCUCUUCCUGGUCUUCCUGGGGAUCUAUGGAGAGACUGUGACAGGAAACCUGUGCAUCAUCACCCUCACCAGUGUUGACCCCCAACUUCAAACCCCCAUGUACUUUUUUCUCCGUCACUUGGCUGUCAUCAAUCUUGGCAAUUCUACCACCAUUGCCCCUACAAUGCUGGUUAACUUCUUGGUUACCAAGAAAACCAUAUCUUACUAUGGAUGUGCAGCCCAGCUGGGUGUAUUCAUAGUUUUCACUGCGGCUGAGAUUUUCAUGCUGUCAGCAAUGGCCUAUGACCGCUAUGUGGCUAUUUGCAACCCUCUGCUGUACAUGGUGGUGGUGUCUCCACAGAUCUGCCGACUGCUGGUUUUCCUCACAUACCUCCAAAGUCUGACCACAGCAGUGACUGUCACCUGUGUGUUCUCCUUGUCAUUCUGCUCUUCCAACAUAAUCAACCAUUUCUACUGUGAUGACGUUCCUUUGUUAGCCUUGUCCUGUUCUGAUACUUACCUUCCGGAAAUAGCAGUAUUUACCUUUUCAGGUACCAAUUUAUUUUUCUCCAUGAUUGUUGUUCUCGUAUCCUACUUCAACAUUGUCCUUGCCAUUCUGAGGACACGUUCCUCACAGGGACGACAAAAAGCCUUUUCCACCUGCGCUUCUCACUUAAUGGCUGUCACUGUGUUUUAUGGGACUCUUCUUUUCAUGUAUUUGCAACCAAGGACCAACCACUCUUUAGAUACUGACAAAAUGGCCUCGGUCUUCUACACCCUAGUAAUACCAAUGCUGAACCCCAUGAUUUACAGCCUAAGGAACAAGGAUGUGAAACAGGCAUUGAAGAGAUUCCUAAAUAACCCAUUGAAAUCCUUUAAACUAAAAUAA